CACACAAAAAAAUCAUAUGCAAGAGCGCAGCAACAUUAAAACCCGCCCCAACGCGUCGCGGCCGCCGUCGUCGUCGUCAUCAGCAGCGCAGCCACAAACGGCAGAAGUUAAAGCAAAGGCACACUUACGUUACGCGCUCGCUUGUGGCGUUUCGAUGCCGUCGAGUUAACGUGUUGUCUCUGUUGUGUGUGUGUGUGUAUGGUGUGUUCUGUGUCUCUGCUGGAUUCUAAUAAGAACAUUUUUGCCGAUAUAUUUUUUCUGCACAGCAGCAACAACAACUAAAACACAAGUGGCAGUGUUUGUUGGUGUCGGCAGAGAGGAAGAUAGCGUUUCGUUCGCGUAUAUACAUAUACAUAUAAACAUAUAUAUAUAUAUAUAUAUAUAUAUGUAUGUGUGCGUGUGAAAGAGAGACCAAGAGAAAAACAUUCACAAUCAGUUUGAUAACUACAAAACGUAACAGUGCCGCAGCCAGCAGCAGAGUGCAAAGCAGCCGUGCAGCAAACAUCGAGCAGCGGCCAGUGGCAGAGGCUGAGGCGUAGGCGUCGUCUUCGUAGCUAAGCGCUGUUCACGCAGCAACAGCAAUUAACUGUUAAACGUUACAACAAAACACUUUGUGAUCGUGCUUAAAAGGGAGCCAGAGAGAGAGAGAGAGAGAGAGACAGUCAGCAAACUUGCCAACCGUCUUCGUCAACGUCACCAUGGACAACUUAAUCCCGAUCGUCAAUAAGCUGCAGGAUGCAUUCACAUCGCUGGGGGUGCACAUGCAAUUGGACUUGCCACAAAUUGCCGUCGUUGGUGGACAGUCGGCUGGCAAGAGUUCGGUGCUGGAGAAUUUCGUGGGCAAAGACUUUCUGCCCCGAGGUUCGGGCAUUGUGACGCGCAGACCUUUGAUUUUGCAGCUGAUCAACGGCAUUACCGAGUAUGGCGAAUUUCUGCACUGCAAGGGGAAAAAGUUCUCAAGCUUCGAUGAGAUACGCAAGGAGAUCGAGGAUGAGACAGAUCGUGUGACGGGCAGCAAUAAGGGCAUCUCAAACAUUCCGAUUAAUUUGCGCGUCUAUUCGCCAUACGUGCUCAACUUGACGCUGAUCGAUUUGCCUGGCCUGACCAAGGUGGCGAUCGGGGAUCAGCCGGUGGACAUUGAGCAGCAGAUAAAGCAAAUGAUAUUCCAAUUUAUACGCAAGGAGACCUGUCUGAUAUUGGCCGUAACGCCGGCCAACACCGAUCUGGCCAAUUCGGAUGCACUCAAGCUGGCCAAGGAGGUGGAUCCGCAGGGUGUCCGCACAAUCGGUGUCAUCACCAAGCUGGAUCUCAUGGACGAGGGCACCGAUGCCCGUGACAUACUCGAGAACAAGCUGUUGCCGCUGCGACGCGGCUAUAUUGGUGUUGUCAAUCGUUCGCAAAAGGAUAUCGAGGGGCGCAAGGAUAUACACCAGGCCCUGGCCGCUGAGCGCAAGUUCUUCCUCAGCCAUCCGUCAUAUCGCCAUAUGGCCGAUCGCCUGGGCACACCCUAUUUGCAGCGUGUCCUCAAUCAGCAGCUCACCAAUCACAUCCGGGACACAUUGCCCGGCUUGCGCGACAAACUGCAGAAGCAGAUGCUCACCCUGGAGAAGGAGGUCGAGGAGUUUAAGCAUUUCCAGCCGGGCGAUGCCAGCAUCAAGACAAAGGCCAUGUUGCAAAUGAUCCAGCAGCUGCAGUCGGACUUUGAGCGGACCAUCGAGGGCAGCGGCUCCGCUUUGGUCAAUACAAACGAACUGUCCGGCGGUGCCAAGAUCAAUCGCAUAUUCCACGAGCGUCUUCGCUUCGAGAUUGUGAAGAUGGCCUGCGAUGAGAAGGAGCUGCGCCGCGAGAUCUCGUUUGCCAUACGCAACAUACACGGUAUUCGUGUGGGCCUCUUUACGCCGGACAUGGCCUUCGAGGCGAUCGUCAAGCGGCAGAUAGCGCUGCUCAAGGAGCCCGUUAUUAAGUGUGUGGAUCUAGUCGUACAGGAAUUGUCCGUGGUUGUGCGCAUGUGCACAGAUAAGAUGAAUCGCUAUCCACGUCUGCGCGAGGAAACUGAACGCAUCAUUACCACACAUGUGCGCCAGCGCGAGCAGCGCUGCAAGGAGCAAAUCCUUUUGCUCAUUGACUUUGAGCUCGCCUACAUGAAUACCAAUCACGAGGAUUUCAUUGGCUUUGCCAACGCUCAGAAUAAAUCUGAGAAUGCGAAUAAGACCGGCACCCGACAGCUGGGCAACCAGGUCAUACGCAAGGGUCAUAUGGUCAUACAGAAUCUGGGCAUCAUGAAAGGCGGCUCGCGUCCUUAUUGGUUUGUGCUCACAUCGGAGAGCAUCUCCUGGUACAAGGACGAGGAUGAGAAGGAGAAGAAAUUCAUGUUGCCGUUGGAUGGUUUGAAAUUGCGCGAUAUUGAACAGGGCUUUAUGUCAAUGUCUAGACGUGUUACAUUUGCUUUAUUCAGUCCCGACGGACGUAAUGUUUAUAAGGAUUACAAACAACUGGAGCUGUCCUGCGAGACGGUCGAGGAUGUGGAAUCGUGGAAGGCAUCAUUCCUGCGCGCCGGCGUCUAUCCCGAGAAGCAAGAGACCCAGGAGAAUGGCGAUGAGGAAGGACAAGAGUCGGCCAACGAGGAGAGCUCCACGGAUCCACAAUUGGAACGCCAAGUGGAGACCAUUCGCAAUCUAGUCGACUCGUACAUGAAGAUCGUCACGAAGACCACACGGGAUAUGGUCCCAAAGGCCAUUAUGAUGCUGAUCAUCAACAAUGCCAAGGACUUUAUCAACGGAGAGCUGUUGGCACAUCUCUAUGCCUCCGGUGAUCAGGCACAAAUGAUGGAGGAAUCCGCCGAGUCGGCAACACGGCGCGAGGAAAUGCUGCGCAUGUAUCGCGCCUGCAAGGAUGCCUUGCAGAUAAUUGGUGACGUCUCAGUGGCAACUGUAUCAAUGCCAUUGCCGCCGCCCGUAAAGAACGAUUGGCUACCGAGUGGCUUGGAGAAUCCGGGCCUGUCGCCGCCCAGUCCCGGCGGCCCACGCAAGCCAGCACCCACCGCACAGGGCUCGUUGGGUGGCCGCAAUCCACCAUUGCCGCCGGCAACAGGACGUCCCGCACCGGCCAUACCGAGCCGCCCCGGCGGCGGUGCACCUCCCCUGCCAGGCGGUCGGCCAGGCGGGGCUCUGCCACCCCCAUUGCUGCCCUCACGUCGCUAAGUUGUCAGCCACAGCCACAAGGCAUUUACUCCCUCUCUAACUCCUCUCUCUCUUAAAAAAUUAACUAACCAAAACGCUUUCGCUUAAAUCAACCAACAAACCGAACAACCAACUCAACCAAUCGAUCCGAUCCGAUCCGAUCCGAUCUGAUCAGCCAAUUGAACCGAAACUCUUAAGUGCAGGCUCGUGUGCUCUCGCUCUCGCUCGCGCUCUCUUAGCAAACGGGGGCGGCUGCCAUCACCCACGCAAAAGCUCGCUCAGUAAAAAGCAACAACAACUACAGCAACAACGAUGUCGACAAGAACUAUGCAAAGAACGUUAAAUAUUAAAAAAAAAAAACAUCUACUCGUAUAUACAUACAUACAAUAUCCGAUGCGUUCGUUUAUAAUUAUUAUAAGAAAAAAAAAAUAUAUAUAUAUACAGUUUAAAUUGGAAAAAUGCACACACAACCUAUUGAUCAAAGCACAGUAUUACAUAUAUAUAUAUAUAUAAAUAUACAUGUAUUACACAUAUGUAUAUGUCAGCAGCUGAGAGAAGAUUAUAUCAGAACUGUAAACGCUCUUUAGAUUUCUUCAUAGUGUGUUAGUUUUGCUUUAAAAGGAAACUAAAGAGAGUAAUUACAAAUAUCCUAGAGAGCGGACGCGCCAAUGCUGAGCUGAGCCGUGGACUUUUCUAUUGUUAGGAGAGCAAAUGCAUACACAUAUAUACAAACAUAUUAAAUAUACGUUAUGAAGAGAAAAUGAAUAUAAGAUGAGAUAUACAUACAUAUAUAUAUAUAUAUGCUUAAGUUAACUAAAGUACCUUUUUUGUGUUGUUGUUGUUGUCGUUAAAUAAAACUAAAGCAUAAAAAAAGAGAUAUUGAACAAAAUAUACACAUACAUUCUAUAUAUAUAUAUAUAUAUAAAUAUAUAUAUAUAUAUAUUUAUGAGCUACUCAUUAACGGGACAAGAACACGGCAACAAAAUUCCACUAAAUCAUACAUGAUAUUAUAAAUAUUUAAUGGGCAAAAAGUUACAAAUUAAUUGUUCAGUGUGCGUACGUAAAAAGAAAACAAAAGCAAAAGUAAAACAACUAAAUAAAUACCUAGUAUAAUUAAAUUGAAAGUAUAUGCGCACACAUUUCAUUUAUAUACAAACUACAUACAAAUAUACACCUAUAUAUUAACAGACUGACAGACAUGUUCGAAUAUUUUUGGCUGGCACUGUGCCCAGUCGAAGUGCUGCUUCCAGUUCUCUUCCCUUCACAGCCUUUGGCCAAGUCCCGUUUUCUGCGCACUCUCUCUUAAGUCAAGUUGAGGUGUUUUUCUCUUUUGCUGUGCUCGCGGCAAUCGGCCAAUUUUCGGUGCAAACAGUGUUGGCAAACGCGGCUUGUGUUUAGUGUAAAAUAACUUGUUUACAUUUGUUUUUUUUUUUUGUUUGUUAUUGCUUUAACUCAUUUGAUAACCAAAUGUAUUUGUUUGCUUUGUUUUUGUGCAGCUUUUUUUGCUUUUGUGCGCCUAGUGCUUUUAUGUUUGUGUGUGUGUGUGUGCAUACAGCUAAUGUAAACAACACAUGUGUGUAUGUUUGUUUGUAUGUAUUUAUUAACAUUUGCUUUGUUGUUUUAAAACUCAGUUGAAUAAUUCGUUUUUUGUUGCUUUGUCUAUUAAUUUUAUAUUAAAUAUUAUUUCUUAUGAUUUGUGACUAAAAUUAAACAAAUACAUUCACCA